AUGGAGCCCUCCCGGUGCGCGUCCACGGCUCUGAAGCGCCUGCCUUUCAACAACACCGCGCUGAGAAAGCUGCCGGUGGACGACUCCGAGGAGCCCGGGCCCCGGACGGUCCCAGGGGCAUGUUUCUCCAGAAUCCGGACUCUCCAGCCCCUGAUACGCCCGACCUUGGUGGCCCAGUCCCUGCCAGCGCUGGCUCUGCUCGGACUGAGUGAGCGGGAUGUGCUGAGCAGUCCCCUGGCUCCGCUGUAUCUGAGCGGCUCCCGGCUGCUGCCGGGCUCCGAGCCGGCGGCGCACUGUUACAGCGGGCACCAGUUCGGCAUGUUUGCGGGACAACUGGGAGAUGGAGCGGUGAUGUACCUGGGGGAGGUAGAGUCGGGCACCCAUGGGCGAUGGGAGAUUCAGGUGAAAGGCGCAGGAGUCACACCUUACUCUAGAGAUGGUGAUGGCAGGAAGGUGCUUCGCUCCAGCAUCAGAGAGUUCCUGUGCAGCGAGGCCAUGGCCGCCCUGGGGAUACCCAGCACCCGAGCCGCCUCGCUUGUCACCUCCGACCUCUACGUCACCAGAGAUCCACUCAACAGCGGCAGGCGCAUUCCGGAGCGCUGCUCGGUCGUCCUGCGUCUCGCCCCUUCCUUCAUCAGAUUUGGAUCUUUUGAGAUAUUUCGGGGCCGAGAUGAUUUCUCAGGCCUGCAAGGUCCCAGUGCAGGACGGCAUGACAUUCGCGCUCAGCUGCUGGAUUAUGUCAUUGAGUCUUUUUAUCCUUAUAUCCAACAGACUCAUAGCAACCGGAAAGACAGGAAUAUGGCUUUUUUCACAGAGGUGAUGAUGCGAACCGCUAAGCUAGUGGCCCAGUGGCAGUGUGUGGGUUUUUGCCAUGGCGUCUUAAACACAGACAACAUGAGCAUCUUGGGUCUUACUCUGGACUAUGGACCCUUUGGUUUCAUGGACAGGUUUGAUCCAGAUUUCGUUUGCAACAACUCAGACAAAAGAGGGCGCUACUCGUACCAAGCCCAGCCAGCUACAUGCCGCUGGAACCUGGCCCGUCUGGCAGAGGCGUUGGGCUCUGAGCUGGACGCAGCCGAGGCCGGGGCUGUCCUGGAUCAAUUCAUGCCCGCAUACGAAGCCUUCUACCUGUGUAUCAUGAGGAAAAAGCUGGGCCUUGUGGGAAAAGAAGAGCCGGAGGACAGCGAACUCAUAUCAGACCUACUGCGCCUUAUGCACAACACUGGUGCAGAUUUCACCAACACCUUCCGCCUGCUGAGCCGUGUCCCCUGGCCUGACGAGGGCCACAGCGGGAGGGCCACAGUGGAGCCAGUAGUAGACCUCAUCCUAGAGCAGUGUGCCUCUAUCGAGGAGCUAAAGGUGGCUAAUAAGCCAACUAUGGAGGACCGUGAAUUAGCAAUGAUUCUCUCCAUGGCACAAACUAACCCAGCCAUGUUCGGGAUGGUGGCCGACCGGCCAGCUGUGUCCCGGCAACUGGAACUGAUGGGACGGCUAAAGGAGCUGCUCGAGACAGAUCAGGAUGAGCUUAAGAAAAAACAACGCGAUGACUGGAUUCGCUGGGUUAGCCGAUACAGGAGGCGUUUAUCCAGGGAGUGUGAUGGCACAGGUGACCUGUCACAAUUAAAAAAGGAAAGGCUCCGUGUGAUGAACAGCACCAACCCCCAUGUUGUCUUACGCAACUACAUCGCCCAGAAUGCAAUUCAGGCUGCAGAAAAUGGAGACUUCUCUGAGGUCAACACGCUCCUCAAAGUUCUGGAGAAUCCAUAUUCUGAUACAUUUGCGGAGCCUUUGGAUGGACCUAAUGCAUGUGGUCAAAAGGAGCAGAACAAGGGGAUACUUGCCUACAACAGGAAACCUCCCGCCUGGGCAAAAACGAUUUGCAUCACCUGAUCAUCGUAG